UUUUGGAGUAAAUUUUCCAUUGUUUUUUUCAUCCUUGUUGGCAAGCCCAGUAGACUCAUGGAAAGAGAAAACCAAACAGGAGUCCGAAAUUUUCUCCUCCUGGGAUUCACAGAGGACCCAGACAUGCAGCCUCUCCUCUUUGGGUUGUUUCUGUCCAUGUAUCUCGUCACGUUCACUGGGAACCUACUCAUCAUCCUGGCCAUCAUCUCAGACUCCCACCUCCACACACCCAUGUACUUCUUCCUCUCCAACCUGUCCUUCAUUGACUUUUGUUUCACCUCCACCACCAUCCCAAAGAUGCUGCUAAACCUCCAGACACAGAACAAGGUUAUCACCUAUGCAGGAUGUCUCACCCAGGUAUUUUUUUUUAUUGUAUUUGGAUGCCUAGACAAUUUACUCCUGACCGUGAUGGCCUAUGACCGCUUCGUGGCCAUCUGUCAUCCCCUGCACUACACGGUCAUCAUGAACCGCCAGCUCUGUGGUCUGCUAGCCCUGGGGUCCUGGUGCAUCAGUGUCACAGGCUCCCUAUUUGAGACCUUGACCCUCUUGAGGCUCUCUUUCUGCAGAAAUGUGAAUAUUGCACACUAUUUUUGUGAUUUUCCUGAAGUCCUGAAGCUCGCCUGUACAAAUACCCUCAUCAAUAACAUAGCAGUUUAUUUUGUGACUAUUGUCCUAGGUGUUUUUCCUCUCUCUGGGAUUCUCUUUUCUUAUUCUCAGAUUUUCUCUUCCAUUUUGAGAAUUUCAUCAGUCAGGGGCAAGUACAAAGCCUUUUCCACCUGUGGGUCUCACCUCUCAGUGGUUUCCUUGUUCUAUGGCACAGGCCUUGGGGUCUACCUUAGUUCUGUAGCCACUUCAUCCUCCAGGACAAGUCUGGUGGCCUCGGUGAUGUACACCAUGGUCACUCCCAUGUUGAACCCCUUCAUCUACAGUCUGAGGAACAAGGACAUGAAGGGAGCCCUGUCAACCUUACUCUGCCUCUUAGUGUCCUUCAAAUUAAUAAGAAAAAAAACAAAUGUGGCUUUAAUUAUUUCUGUAUAG